GACUUCACUGGUUGGUCCCAGAGUGUCAGAGACUCGUCCUCAGACAGACGCACACAGAUGGCAGAUCCAGGCUCUCAGCCUCCAGCUGAAACUUCCAGUCCUCCCCCAGCCAGAAGCUCUGACGCUGGGCUGAGAGACUUUGAUCCUUCCCUGGAUCCAGAAGUCCAGGAGGGAGAAGGAGAACAGGACCUCCUUCCUGAUCUGGAGAGGCCUGAGAGAAAGAAAGAUGGAGCAGACAGAGCUUUGAACAAACCUCCUGAGCUUCACCUCCACAAAGGUGUGACAGGUGAAGGACACCGGCGAAUAGGAGGACAGAACCUGAGAGCCAUUAGUCACAUGACUCCAGCUGCUGCCGCCUCACCAACCACUGGCCCCUCGGUGUCUGGUAAAAGGACGAUGCUGCUGUCCAAUGAGGCGAGGAGAGAAGUAGCCAAACAGGCGAGAGCCGCGAAGGAGGAACGGCGGGCAGCUCUGGAUGCCCGACAUAAAUACCUGAUGAGCAGGCUGGCAGACGCCGGCAGCCUGGAGGAGGCGGCGGUGGAAGACGCCAUGGUCUCUGAUGACAGAUUCAGUCUGAUCCAUGAAUUCUUUGCUGCAAACGGAUCCAAGAAGCUGAUUUUCUUCUAUCAGGAUGUCAAACAGAGUCUGUCCUCCCGUCAGUCUUCCUCUGUGGACGCAUCAAACUCAGCUGUGGCUCAGAGGAAACUCUUCCUCACUACGGGGAACUCUGAGGUGAUUAAAGUCUCUGAGCAAACACUGGAUGACUGACAGCUGCAGGCUGAACAUCAGGAGGUCGAGAGGCCGAAGUCUGAGGAGCUCAAAGCUCCACAAACACUUAUUCACAGAGAAAAGGACUACAAACAUGGAGGAGCACAACUCCAAACAUGAGCUAAAGGCUACAUGCUAAUAAAAUUUCCCCAUGAUGUGGUUUUAACAGGAUCAUGAAUGAUGAAGUAUUUAAAGUCAGUUCCAGCCUGAGUCAGUGCCGUGUUGGCAGCUCUGAUAUGCAGAAACUUUCAAACAUGGGACAGGAAUAAAA